UGUAUACAUCAGUGUGUGCAUGUGUGUGCACGCGUGAGUGAGUGAGUGCAUGUGUGUGUGUGUGGAGGAGAGUGCUAUAUAUUUGGAUUUAAGAGAAAGACACACCUUCUUCAGCUGGGACAGUGGAGAUGUAGAGAUUGAGGGAGACGACUCAGAGAGAAAGUGAAAUGAAGGAAGACAGAGGAUUCAUUUCAUCACACUGUUCGUCACAUCUCAGAAAAGGAUUUCUUUCAAGCUGAUGUAAUAGCCUGAGACCCUCCAAUUCAAAGGACCAAGGACAAAGGGAAAGGAAACAGAGGAUUUGUCCACUUCAAUUCUGGCCUUAACUUCAACAUAUAAAACAUUUCUACCACUGAGAGAGUUUUGCUUCAAGAAAUCAUAUCUACCAAGUGUCACCAAAUAUUGGAACCUUGAGAGAUUUAAAUGCUUGGUGAUUUUCUGUAGACAUCAAGGAGAUGGACCCCCAAAUGUCAGACCUCCUCGCCUCCCCGUCUCCUUCUCCCUCUCCCUUCUUCCACUGUGACUACAGCGACUGGUCUCCUUCCUUCUCCAUCAUCCCCUCUGUCUACCUACUAGCCUUUCUGGUUGGUUCCCUUGGAAACGGCCUGGUGCUGUGGGCCUACUUGGACAAAGCUGAGGGGAGGGGAGCGAGAUCAGGAGGACGGUUCUGUUGCACCCGUCAGUUGGACGUGAACAGCUCUGGAAGAUGUGAGCACAAUUCUCAUCCAGAGAAAAGCAAGGAAAACUGCAGAUCUUCUUCAGGAAAAAGCUGCAGAGCCUCUUCUCACUCCUCCUCCACCUCCUCCUCCUCUUAUCCUCCCUCCACCCCUCGUCCCUCCCGCUCCCUGACAGACUCUCUAAUAGCCAGCUUAGCCUUGGCUGACCUCUGCUUUCUUGUGACCCUCCCUCUGUGGGCCGCCUACACAGCGCUGGGCUACCACUGGCCUUUUGGGCAACCGCUCUGCCAAAUAAGCAGCUUCCUCACCGCCCUCAACAUGUACGCCAGCGUGUUCAGUCUGAGCAUGCUCAGUGUGGAGCGCUACUGGGUUUUGACUGGACGCCGGCACUCCAGCCACCAUCACCCGCGGCAGAGCUGCCCCAGCAGGGCUCUGUGGAUACUUGGAGGGGUGUGGGUGCUGGCUGGCGUUUUGGCACUUCCUGGUUUGCUGCUGCGCUCUGUCAAGGAGGUGGAGCUACACUCUGAAUAUGAGGAUGAUUGGCAGCUAGAAGAGAGCCUUCCUACUGACUCUGCAUCAGUCUUCCUCUCCUGUCAGAUGGACUACUCCAUGCUGAUUGGAGCAGAGAUGGAGGAGACGGACAGAGACAGGGUGGAGAUGAUGUGGGUGGCAGCUUUGAGUCUUAAAUCCACUCUAAUUGGCUUCCUGCUUCCCCUGGUCAUCCUGCUGGUUUGCUACUGCUCCUUAGCCCGGCUCCUCAGCAGGCAUUUUGGACGGGGUCCUCGCCCUGACCGCAGGCAUCAGCGGAGACUCCUGAGGGUCAUCGUCUCUUUGGUGCUGGCUUUCUUCCUGUGCUGGCUUCCCCUGCAUGUUAACAAGUCUGUCUCCAUGCUGCUUGAGUUCGGCUUUGUCCCUUACUCCUGCUCUUUAGAUCAGAUUCUACUGGCUGCUCAACCAUACGUUACCUGUUUAGCUUAUCUUAACUCCUGCCUCAACCCUCUCCUGUAUGCGGCCUGUGACCCGACAUUCAGGAAGAGAUGCAGAGGAGCUCUGCUCAUGAUGUGCAGGAGAGGAGGAGAGGGGAGAGAGGGAAAGAAGGAGGAAGGAGAGGAAGGGAAAGAGGAAAGGAGUUCAGCUUUUCCCACAAGAACUCAGGAGGAGACAGCAAGGACGGAGGGAGAGGAGGAGAGGGAAGGGGUGGAUGGGCCGCAUGAAUGAGGGCUUGAACAUUUGAAUAUAAUCUUGUAAAUAAAGCAUUAUUCAAUGGGAUAUUUCAGUAUUGCUGAAACAAUAAACAAAAACUGUAUUCCAAAGAGGCCUAACAUUUUUGCACAAUAUUUUUGGGGGGUCUGCAACUUUGAAAAAUGAAGAUUCAUGAGGUCAAUGUCAUGGACAUCAUUUCCGACUUCUACAUUUUUUUCCCACAGGAAAGAGAUGCCACCACUGACUUAAAGAUAUUUGAGCCCAGACAUGGUCACUGGGCCAGACCAAAUGUUGUCCUGUCAUCUGAUCUGUUUGUUUUGUUUAUGAAAGUUUACACUGAGCUGUUAAAGAUUUAGCUGCACUGUUUUCUAUUAAAGUAAAGAUGAUAAAAGCUUGUGUUUGUCUUGUAAUCGUUU